UAAAAUUAUCCACACCGCAGAUAGAUUAGACUGGUGGUGCCCAACCGGUGCGCAACUACUACUGCAUACGUGCAGCGAGACGGUGAUUUAUCGAUAGCUAUUGAGCGACAGAAUAUUGAUCCAAGUGCAUCGUGCAAGCUCUAUAGUCCGGGGUGCAGUGUGCUCGAUAGCAAAUGACGGGAAAGUAAGUUCCUUCCAGCGUCGACUCGUGUGAUUCAAAGGAGUAUCAUAGACCACCGAUAGACGACAAUAGUAUUUCAUUAGUGAUAGGUUGUCGAAUCUGCGCGCGUGUUUGUGUGUGUGUGUGUGUCUGUGGGUGAAAGUAGGCCACGAAUACGUAAUCAUCAUCGCAGCUUUGCAUUAGGACGACGAUCGACACGCCCUGUCCUGACCUGGCAUUGACCAAUUGAACGGAAAAUCAUCCUUCGCUCAUCGCGCGGCCCAUUACAUCAUUCGAUCGUGACCAUGCCCGAAUUCGUGAUUGAAAAGCGCAAUAUUCCAGUGCUGACCGUGUCGUCGCGGGAUGGCCCAGCGGCGAGCGAGAACGGUGACAAUCCGCUCGGAUUCCGCAUCACCGGUGGCGCUGACUUCGAGAUGCCCAUCACCGUGUUUCAGGUGAGUUGAGUUUCGUCGUGAACUUGGCUAGUUGGUCGUUGGAGCGCGCAGCACUCCAGGCGAAUAACAAGAAACGCCCUUGUCGGAUAGUCGGAAGAUCGUUCCAUUGUUUCGAAAGCCCGUUCUUGGCUGCUGGUGAACACCGUGACACCACCGUGCGGAGCGAGGACUGAUGAGGCAGUAGAAGCGCGCGGCGGCGACGGGGAGUGCGUACUCCGUGAACAAAAAUAGCUCCCGACUGCCACUGAAUCGAUGCUGCCGCAACACUGCGUACGCUGAACUCGAUCAUCGGUGAUCUGGCGCGUUGGUGCAUGGCCCGGCCGGUGUCAGCAGUACAAACGAGUACGGUACGCAACAUUUGCCGGUGGCCACGUCCCGCGACAGACACCGGCGAUGUUCCGGCGAUAAACAUAACCUAGCAUUCGAACAGUUGAAUUGAGCGCGCGGUGUCGCCAGCUUGGAAGGUGGAAAAUGCAUGCCAUGCGCACACGCGCGCACCAGACGAGCGGAGAGUUUUUGUAGGCCCAUGCGCAGCUGACCAACCGCAACCACAAUCUACUGAGAGAGAGAAAGACUGCUAAAGAGACUGUGACUGGUGUGAUUUUUCGUUCUUAUGAAAAGCGUUUCGAAACAGUUUUCGACGUCACCGCCGACUUACAUUGACAUGCCAAACAAACUCAUAAAAGAUGAUCCACUGCUGCUCAUCACGUUGCCGAUCUACCGUCACGAAACCCCCCCUCAUCUCUACACAGAAGCUUUACAUAUUGCCCGGGGGUGGCAAUACACAGACAAUGACAUUAUUUAUAUACCCGCUGGCAUAUAAGCGUGUAGACGAGGAUAACAUAAUUUCAAAACCGUAUACAAUAAUACACCGGGAACACAGGGGCGCAACAAACAUCACUUAAAGAACGCUGUAAACUCACCCCACAAGCACACGCUCACAAUCAAAACCCUCCCGUUUGCUAUCUCGAGAAAAAUCGUGCAGGGUUGCGACCCCCGGGACCGAACCAUGCUGCUGUCCUACUGGGCGCAGUGUUACGUGGAUUGUCCCAGCUGAAGGAGCGCAAACCGUUGCAGAAAUCGUUGCAGUACGGAUACGGUUUUAUUUGCAAGAGGAAAGCUAGAUUGAAAGCCGCACGACUCGAGCCCGCUAGUAGCAGAGCGCGAUGGCACUGGACGAGCCGAAGGUGGCACCGGAAGGUGGUGACCAGCAGCCACUGGGCAGCGAUGGAACGGACGCGAAACGAGACGACGCGCCCGACUACUACAAACGACCCAAGUUCAAGCGAAACAUUAUCCCAUUCGACACGGAGGACCUGUCGGUGCGAGUAAUCCGGGAACGCUUUCUCAUCCCGAACCAGGUGUCCGAGGGCAGCCCGGCCCAGAAGGCGGGCCUCCAGCUGGGCGACCAGAUCCUGAAGAUCAACGGGGCCGACGCAUCGGCCAUGCGGCUCGCGACGGCCCAAUCCGUCAUCAAGCAGGCCGGCGAACAGCUGCAGAUGAUCGUAGCAAAAGACGACGAGAACAACCGCAAGGCGGAAGAGCAGGGCCAGCCGAAGGAAACGCGCGAAGUUAAGUUCGCAGGUAAUGAGCAGGAGCCGGCGGCGGAUGUCACUAACAAACCCGCUCCCCAACCCAAAAACGACGAACGUGAAAAUUGGACGCAACCCCCGGAGCGCAAGGUAUGGCAUCCGAUCGUAUGGCAGCAGCCACCGCCCCCGAUUCCACCGGAUCUAUACGGCAAGGAUGCGCCGCACCAGCAGCUGAUCGCCAACAUCCGCCGGUUGCUGACGGAGACGCGCACCAAGCCGGAGGAGCGCCAGAAACACAUCGAACGGAUGAUGCUUUCCCUUCCCACUGGCUCUCGGCGAGAGGGCGAGGAGGAUGAGGAGGAACCAAAGCCGGCCCCGAAGCCGAAGAAGAAGAAGAAGAGCAAGGCCAAGAAGGCAAAGGCGGCACCGCGAACCCGUCUGGACAGCGAAACGUCCGAGGAUGGAUCCGUCUCGGAGCUGACGGGUCCGGCCGCUGCCGAACCGGCCGAAGAUCCGAUUCCGGAGGAAGCUAGUGUCGAGGCUUAAGGGAUGCAGGAAUGGUUCGCCAACUCCCCCUUUCCUACGCACGCACAGUGGCACACACAUGGUUUACUGUUAGGCGUAAAUAACAGACUUCUAUCUCGUAUUUUCCAGCAAAUAGGGCACGCGCAUAUAGGGAGUGUAUUAAAACCUGAACCGACUUUUUCUUUUUGUUUUGUUAAACUCGUUUGUUCCGCUUUGAUCAGUGUACUUAACACCUCCGAUUUGUUCUGAUGUUGAAUAAAAUCGUUCUCUUUUUUUCGUA